UGGAAACUUUUACAGGAAGCGACGGAGAAAGAGGUGGUUAAUGUAACCAGAUAUUACUAUCAUGAACCGUUCGGGUGAAUAGAGAAAUCGACAAUAUUCGCAACAAUGUUCGGAAGAAGUUAGAUGUAACGGAGUCCACGAACUUUUGACCAAUGCGAUAUGAGCUGCUCUCAGCUGCAAGUGGCACAGCGGGAAUAGAAAGAGCCGGUCGCUCCACAAGCACGACCAGCCAGAAAAGGUCAUCUAGCCAAGCCGACGCAAUACUACCGCCAAAGAAACGCCCUUGCCCAAGCUCGCCUUCCAAAGGUGUGCGUGAUGCCAAUAUACAGGAUAGGGUACAUCGUCGAUUUAUUGUCGAAGAUUAUGACAUACCCAUAUAUAGAGCAAGCUCACGCGUCUCGCUACUACAUGCACUUGAGAAUUGCAUAGAAGGAUAUCAAUCUUUGCAUAUGAAAGCAGGGCUUUUACAGGGUGACAUCUCGACUGGCAACCUGAUCUUGAAUGAAGACGUAGGGAAUCCGUCAUGGUCAGCGUUCCUCAUCGACCUGGAUCUAUCUAUCGAGGAGCAACGAGAACGAGCAUCUGGAGCUAGAGGGAAGACAGGAACGAGGGCAUUCAUGGCAAUAGGUCUACUUCUGGGAGAGCAACAUUUAUUCAGGCAUGACCUCGAAUCUUUCUUUUGGGUACUCUUCUGGAUAUGUAUUCACUACAACGGUCCAGACCAAGGGGUUGGGCCAACUGACUUAGAUUGUUGGAACUAUGAGGAUGAUGGAAAGCUGGCUCGAUCUAAGCAAGGUAUAGUUGCUGGCGAAGAGGAUUUUCUUAAAAUUGCAAGUGAACUGUUCUCACCAUACUAUCAAGCAUUGGUUCCUUGGGUCAAUAGGUUACGCUGAGUGGUACAGUAUUCCCGGGGGGUAUGCGGAGAAAGAAUGACGAUACGCAUCUUUAUGGUCAGAUGAAAAAUACCCUUCAGGAAGCGGUUAGUGAUCCGAAAGUGUUAGCACCAUAGGUAAUAUUUAAUCAGCGAGG